UAAAUUCAGGACUGUCCAUUUUCAAAUAACACCUCAUCAGACAAUUCUCGACAUCAACAUCAAAAACCCAUUUCCAAUAUAACUACAUUCUCCAUUUCCAAUCUAACUACAUUCUUUCCAUAUUCAACUGAAUUCAGAAAGCCUACAUUCAAACUCCGAAACCGUUUUCCCGCUCAAUCCACUACAAUUCGAACAUAAAUUAGGUAGAUAUCACGCGGAACUCGAUCGGCCAAGCUGAGAAGAGUUCUUUUGAUAAGUUUCUAUUAGAAUUUCCAUAGAGAUUAGAGGGCAAAAGCUUUCUGCACCAUGGAAUACAGGAGCCCCAAAUUGAAAGAAGGUGAAACUAGCAUUUGUCUGCAGAUCAUCGAACAGUGGCAUCUGCCCACAAAGUUCAGCGAACCCCAGAGAGAAAUCCCUGAUACAAUGGAAAAGACAGACAGCAACACGAACUCGGGUGGUUCUUCCGUAAGACAGGCUGAUCAGGCACCAGAAACGAAGCUCACCCUUUUCGCUCUUCAGCUAGCAAUUCUUGAAAAAACAGCGAGUGGCCUUGGAACACUGGGAUUCAUCUGGGCCACGGUUGUUCUUCUGGGAGGUUUCGCCAUUACCUUGGAUAAAAAGGAUUUCUGGUUCAUCACCAUUAUUCUCCUCAUCGAGGGAACGCGAAUUUUCAGCCGAAGUCAUGAACUCGAAUGGCAACAUCAGGCCACAUGGUCACUAACAGAUGCAGGGAAGUUCAGCUUCCGAGCACUGAAAUCCAGCUCCAACUUCCUGAUUCGGACUCUGAAAACUUUAUUUCCGCCAUUUUCAAUCAUCCGACCAGAAACAAACAACAGCCGAGAAGUAACAGACAACACCAACAUCAAUAUAUCAAGAAAUCAAGAUCGCCAGAAUCCGGCAACACGAACAUGGGUGACACAGGAAGUCCCUUUACUUCCACAUACAGGAUGGGUAUUCCUGACGAAGAACAUAAGCAAGUUUCUCUACUGUCUUCAGCUGUUAUCAGCCUCCGCCUGCGUGUCACUCUCACUGAUAAGGCUUAUCCAGCAGGACUAUGGGGAUCUAAGCAAAGGCGAUUCUGACAAGAGGAAUCGGAAGUCGGCUUUGAAUAUUUUCUAUGCUUUGGCCCUUGCUGAAGCUCUUUUGUUCUUGUUGGAGAAAGCCUACUGGGAAUGGAAGGUAAGCUAUGGUAAAUUGCUGCAUAAGGUGAACAAUGAAUGUGAAUUCGGUAAUUCAGGCUUAGUUUCAAUCAAGCGGUUCUUCUAUGAUGCCUACUCGAGAUGUGUUAAUGGGAGCAUCUUUGACGGAUUGAAAAUGGACCUGGUUUCUUUCGCGGUGGAGCUGUUGGCAUCAAAUUCCAAUGACGAGCAGCUCACUGGAAUGAGGAUCCUUCGAAAAUUUGCAGCCAGCAAGCAGUACUCUAACAGCACACUUCGGAAGAUUGGGACUUCAGUACCUAUGAUAGAAAGAUUGGUUGAGAUGCUGAACUGGAAGAACCCAACAGAAGAAGAGAUAAGGAAAUCUGCUGCUGAAAUCCUAUCAAAGCUAGCAGGAAAGAAACAGAAUUCACUUCGGGUCGCCGGAAUUCCAGGUGCAAUGGAAUCGAUAUCAUCAUUGCUGUACACAGGCCGGAGCUCCAGCUGUGCAGCUGAUGAAAUCCUUCAGAAAAACAUCAUUGCAGACCAUGAAAAUUAUGAGUUUUCAGCUUUCAAUCUCUUGGGGCUUCUGAUUCUUAAGAAACUAGCUCACGAUCAUGAUAACUGUGGAAAGAUUGGGAAUACAAGAGGCCUCCUGCCAAAAAUUAUUGAUUUUACACAUGCUGAUGUAAGGUUGUUGAGAGACAAUUUCAUAGCAGAAUCCCAGAUUACGCUAGUCAAACGAUCCCUGCAAUUGGUGAAGAUGCUCGCAAGCACGUCAGGCACCACAGGAGAAAUCCUCCGGCAUGAAAUUUCGGAGAUCGUUUUCACAGUCAGCAACAUCAGAGAGAUUUUACAGUAUGGGGAGAAUUACGCAGUGCUACAGAAACUGGGGAUCGAGAUUAUAACUAGUUUGGCACUGGAUGCGGACACAAAAGAGAGGAUUGGAAGCACCGGUGGAAUUCUCAAGGAACUGUUAUGCAUUUUCUUCAGGCAGGGAUUAUUAGAAAAUCAGGAUAAGGUGAGAGUUGCGGCUGGAGAAGCUCUGGCAAUGCUGGCGUUGGAGAGUGAGAGGAAUUGCAAACGGAUUCUCAGACUAGAGGCAGUGGAGAAGCUUGUUGGGGCGCUGAACAAUCCAGUGCUGCGUGUGAACUCGGCAAGAAUUUUACGGAAUCUGUGUGCUUACAAUGGAGAUGAUUGCUACUUUCAGUUGAAGGAAGUUGCUACUGCUACACCAACUGUCCUGAAGGCAACAAUGUCUGAGGAAAAGAAAUUACAGGAGGUAGCAGUCGGGCUUGCUGCACAGAUAUUCAGAUUCAUGGAUGCUCAUGAAUUAAGCAUCGCAUUUUAUCAAAGUGGCAUAAAUGAAACUGAGUUAGUAACAGAACUGGUGUUGAUACUUAAAAAACACCAGUACCCAUCGACCAAAGUUCCAAGAAUUAGGAGGUUUGUGAUUGAGCUGGCGAUUUGUAUGAUGAAAGCCAAAGAAAAAAAUAUCCAGAUUUUCAAGGAUCUUGGUAUGGAGAAGGAGCUUGAGAAUGUUGCCGGGACUACGUCAGAACUUGAAUGCUUCAUUGUUUUUUCCGGGAGUGUUGGGCUAAGUAGGCAUAGAACAACUGUCUACUCACUUGUGGACACAGCACUACAAUUGCUUACUAAUGGCCACGAUCAAGCAUCACAACAUUGAUUUAUCAUCCGCCAAGGAGAUCAAGCAAUAAACUAAUAAAAUUGUGCGUAAGUUUCUUGAUUCUUUAUGAGUACCAAUAAAUUGUAAGCAAUGUAUAUUUUUUAGGAUUCUUUGGUUGAAUUUUUAA